GGUUUCUUGUUCCGGCGGGAGUUCUCCUUCACGCUGCCUGGGGAUAUCUACUGCCGAUAUCUGUCAUUCCAUGGUCAACAUGAUUUCAGAAAGGCCUUACUAGAUCGAGUGCCGGAUAAAAUUGACAUUGGUGCGGUAUUCAAUAUUCCGCCCACCCAUUACCAGCAGUUUGGUGGAGGGUUCCAACCUCAGCAGAGGGAGUUGGUGUUUGAUAUUGAUAUGGAUGAUUACGAUGAAGUUCGAAAUUGUUGCAAAGGCUCUAGUAUAUGCAAGCUAUGCUGGACAUUCAUUGCCUGCGCUGUGAGGAUAUUGAACAGAGCUCUUAGAGACGACUUUGGCUUCAAGCAUAUCCUGUUCGCAUUUAGCGGCCGAAGAGGCGUUCAUUGUUGGGUGUGUGAUGAGACAGCGAGGAAGCUCAGCAAUGAGCAGAGGUCGGCAGUAGCGGAGUAUCUCCAAUUGUUGAACGGUGGAAGGUACGGGUGUAAGCACAUCCGAUCCUCUGCUCAACAGCGGCAUCCUCAUGUGAGGAGAGGUAUUGACAUAUGUCGGAAAUAUCUACUAAUGCCCGAGGCCCUAUUGGAGCAUGCUCAGUGCGGUCUGCUUGAGGGUCAAAGGCUCUUAGACGCCCCGAUGGUCGAGGGCGGAGAUAAGAAUUUACUGCAGAAAGUGGUGAAUACGGUGAUACCAGCGACUGAUCCGGUUGGCAGAGGGGAGGCUAAGAGCUUUCUGUCGUCUAAGAGGAGUAGUCGGGAGGUGCUCCGUAUGCGGCAUAUUCUAAUCACAGUUCUCUGCAGUGCGCUAGUCAGCUCAGCCUUCGGGUUCAUGGAUCCAGUUCUCUCAGAGCACUUCUUAGCUGUAUUGGGUGACGUUUCACCAUCUACCAUGGGUCUCCUCUUUGCAUUCCCAUCGGUUACUAUGGCUAUAGCUACAGUUCUUAUACCUAA